UGAUGUCAAGGAACUACAACAUGCUGAGCUGCAAACCAUCAAGAUAGUGCAGAACAAAGCGUUCCAAGAUGAAAUUCAAUUGCUGAGGGAUGCUAAUAUCAAAUCACCAGCCGCCGACCAAGAUGCCAGCAAAGAAAAGAUGAAGACGAUGAAGAGGUCGAGUUCGCUCUACAAACUUGACCCCUUUCUAGACGAAGAAGGCAUACUACGAGUUGGUGGGUGAUUGAGACAGUCAAGCAUCGCUUAUGAUGUGAAACACCCUGUCAUUCUGCCCAAGAAAGGACAUGUGACGAAUCUUAUCCUCUGCCACUUUCACCAGCUAAUUAAACAUCAAGGUCGUGGCAUUACUCAGAAUGAAAUCAGAUCAAGUGGCUAUUGGAUUGUUGGUGGAAGUUCCGUAGUGUCCAACCAUAUUUCCAAAUGUGUGUCUUGCCGGAAGCUGAGAGGUCGUCCUCAAGAACAGAAGAUGGCAAACCUACCUGAAGAUCGCCUAGAGCCCGCACCACCUUUCACUUUCUGUGCUGUGGACUACUUUGGCCCCUGGCACGUCAGAGAAGGCCGUCGCGAAGUAAAGCGUUACGGAGUGCUGUUUACAUGUCUAGCGUCCAGGGCUGUUCAUCUCGAAGUCGCGAGCAGUUUGUCUACUGACUCGUUUCUCAAUGCCUAUCGCCGAUUUGUGGGACGCCGUGGCCCAGUACGACAGUUGCGAUCAGACCAGGGCACGAACUUUGUUGGUGCAAAGAACGAGCUGCAACAAGCGUUAUCCACAUUGCAUCACGAGAAGAUACAGCAAGAACUAGCGAAGCGCAACUGUGACUGGAUAGAUUUCAAGAUGAAUGUCCCGGAGGCAAGUCACAUGGGUGGCGCUUGGGAGCGUCAAAUCCGUACUGUUCGAAAUGUGUUAGCAACACUCCUCACCCAGCACGCUGCCCAACUUGAUGAUGAAACCCUCAGAACCUUCAUGGUGGAGGCCGAAGCUAUCGUGAAUUGUCGUCCACUGACCGUCGACACGAUCAACUCCACACAAAUGCUAGAGUCCCUUACGCCCAACCACCUUCUUACGAUGAAGUCUAAGGUGAUACUGUCCCCACCUGGUGAAUUCCAACGUGCCGAUUUGUACUCAAAGAAAAGAUGGCGUAGAGUCCAGUAUCUAGCCAACGAGUUUUGGACGAGGUGGAGGAAGGACUAUCUAGUCCCUACAGCCAAGGCAGAAGUGGAUAGCCACGCGGAGAAACCUGCAGGUGGAUGACAUCGUUGUUGUUAUCAAUGACAACUCACCACGAAAUUGCUGGAGAAUCGCCCGUGUAGAGGAAACAUAUCCUGAUGAUGAUGGUCUGGUAAGGAAGGUUUGCAUCAAGAUUGCCGACCGGAACCUGGAUGAAAACGGUCGACCUGCUGGACCACUGACCAGCCUAUGCAGACCAGUUCAGAAACUUAUUUUGCUGUUGCCCCACGAAGAGAGGGAAGACCAGGGAAUCCCCACCUGAGGAGCCAUUUUAAAGAACUGUAUGGGCUUAUAGCCUAUAUCAAGAGACAUUGAUUUGAACAGUUGAACUUUAAUAGUUGAUUUAGUUUUAGUUUCUUUGAUUAGUUUGGUAAAUUUCUAGCGUAAUUUAGGGGAGCCAUAUAACGAAUACUGUUUAUUGUUGUGAUUGCGUGACCGUCAAUAUCUCUUUGUUUUGUGCGACAUAUCGAUUAGUUGUCGGCAUUACCUUUCAUUCGGACACGUGUAAGUUACAAGCACAUGUAGAAGAACAUUGAUCGAAGGAUCGUCAAAGAUACCAUUGUAAUAGGACGGGGAAAGAGGUAUGUUAUGUAGUUUGUCCUUUAAUUUAGACCCCGAAAUGUAUACCACUUAAUCGAAGGCAGAUUUGUUAUGCUGAAGGAUAUUUGUGUUUAGAUUUAUGUAUAUGCACGCCCCUCGUGCUCGAGUUAAGAACAUUUAGAUUAGCAUAGAUUUAUAGUAAUAGCUUUAUUCUGCUCGUUGUAUUUCAGUUUUUACGAACUUUCAAGUCCAAUAAACCAAUUGAGAACGAUAGAUGCUUGAAGGUUCCGUUAUUUAUAAAACAUUUCUCCGAUGCGGCGCUGGUAAUAAAUUCAAAGAUCAAUUGAUGUCAGCGUCCGCCCCGUUACAGCUUUGGUUGUUAAAACUUUCAAGUUCUGCUAUGGUAGCAGAGUUUAAAUUCUUCAUAAGUGAGAAAAGCUAGAUUCAGGUCAAGGUCUUUUAAGGU